AUGGCGGUUUUUGCAGUUGUGAGCAGUUUGCAGAACCACUGCUUGAGGGCAGUAGCUUGUCAACUGCCAGAUCAUGAAACAUCACUGGACAUGCUUCCAGUUGAGAUAAAAACGAAGUUAGUUAACUUAUUGUCCAAGCGAGGCCUUCUAACGGACUCCAACAUAAUGAAAGUAAGUAGCUAUUGUAGGUUUAAUAAACAUACAGCCUAAAAUUUAUCAGAAUUUAUUAAAUUAACUCCCGAACUUAGGAUUGCGAUCAAGACUUUUCUUUCCUUUUUGAGAGACAUAAAGGUAAAUAGAGAGGGUAUGAUUGCAGGCUAGAUAUGAGCUUUUAACCAGAUAUAACUUACAUUUCUUCUUAACUAUGUUGGUAUUUUUGCAACAGCCUUAAAGCUUAAUGAGCAAAUGACGUACCAAAUAAAAUACUUAGGUACUUAACACCUAUCAUUUAAUACCUAUACCACACAUUUGUGUGGAUAUUUUCUCCCCAAAUUUCAGUAAUCAAGAAUGGUAACUUCCCAUCAAGCCUGUCAACAAACUCUUUGUUUAUAGAAAUGAUAUUAUAAUUCCCAACUCCCCAACACCCCUCCCCCCCACCACCCACGAGACAGUUGACCAACAGACAGCUGACAAAAUUUCUGAUCAAAUGCACUUUUUCAACCAUUCAUCAUUGAGAGGUGAGCUGAAAGUCAGCCACCCUUUGGUGACGUGCUUGCCAUAAACUGUCAGAGACGUCAUUGUAAGCAUUGACUUUUUUCAUUCCCUAAACUGGUGAUGUGCGGGAAAAUGCAUUGCAUGGGUAGGUGCACUAUGAAAAGGUACUCUCAUCUAUGUCAAAGCUAGCAACAACAUUACCUAACUGAAAAGUAUGGGAUGGGUACUGCUGCUGCAAUUGAUUGAUGUGUUAUGAUAAUUAUAACUUGGGUGACUGUUGGUAGUCUGUCAGUGAUUGUUGAAUUGUUGGGUGAAAGAUUCUUGAGUCCCACAGUCUCACCAACAAAGUCAAUUUAUUUUGAAAUGUUUUUAUGUUUCCUAAUGUAGGUAUUGCACCCUUCUUUAAGAGAGCUGGAGCUGAGUGAGUGCUCUGUAUCAGACAGUGGUCUCUCUUCUCUGUGCAUCUGUAAAAAUUUGAGGAAACUGGACUUAAAUGCUACAAAGAAUUCAAGAGAAAACAUCACCUCUGAGGGUAUAUAUUAGAAAAAUUAAAUGAGCAUAAUUAUGUAGAUCUAAUCUCAGAAGUUGAAACCAUGUUUGCUAAAACUCAGCUGGAAAGUCAUUAGUGCUGACCUCACUAUCAGUUACAGUGUCAUUUCCAGGGUAUUCUCCUACCCAUCCGAUCUCUCUUUCUUGCUUCACGCAGAAGAGUAGGGGAACAAGGUUACAGUGUAUCAGCUACUGCUUCAGCAAACUGGCAAGGUCAUAUUGGCUGUGAUUAACUGCUUAUGUUAUAGAGAUGAUUACAUGUUGAAAUUAAGCAGUUGGGUUCAAGGGAAUUUGCAGUGCUUUAUACACCUGAUUGUAAUACAUGUAAGUAAAGGUUGUUUUGGGCAUUGAGCAAUUGUGCACUGGGAAUCUAUUGUUUUGCGGUCACUCAAGCAAAUUGUUGUGAGUACCAUUAAUUUUUUUACCCAAUUGCCAAUUUCCAAAGCAUAGAUUGUCUGGCUCAAAAAUUUUUUUUUUUUUUUUUAAUAACAUUUAUUCAAUCAACAAUCAACAAUCAAAAAUACUUACAAACACUACAAUACUUACACUACUUACAAUACAAUAUUUAGAAUACAAUAGACUAAGGUACUUACUCUGUUUACAAUGUAAAGACUUACAAUACUCAGUACUUACAACACUACCUACUCACUACUCACACUACAAUGCACUAUUUACAAGCAGUUCUAAUUAGUAAUUGUACUUCAAAACCAAUUCAUUCAUAUCUUAUCACGGUAAACGCACUUAUAUCUUAAGUGUCUUAAAGAGGCAGCGAUUGUGAAGCAAAAGAUACACCAGGUUAAUGCUGGAGAAAAUGAGCAGAGGAUCAAGAUAUACAAAUGUAUGCAAAAUCAAAGGCUUACUGAAAUAAGGAGCUCACAUUUUCCCAUUUUUUUGGUAAAAUGGGACCUGCAGUGGUCUCUAUGUGGUAGAAUGAUUUGAGGUAUUGCAGGAAGCCUGCUAUCUUUGGUGAGGUUUCCUUCUUUUGCUAAUCCAGAUGUAAUUUCUGGCUAGAAGGAAAAGGAAAUUAAUUUGCUGGCAGUUUUUGAAGAAUCCGGCUUUAGACCAAGUACAACAAAUAUAUCUAAUGUGUAAUUUUCCGGUUUAAUGUGGAAGCAAAGUCAGCUUAAGAGAUAAACUAUGCCAGAAAAAGGCCACUUUAGGACAAGACCAAAAAAGAUGAAGAAGUUUCUCCGGUUCAUUAUUACAAAAAGAACAAUUUGGGUUGUCUUUUACGCCAAUUUUUGUUAAGAAGUCGUUCGUUGAUAUUCGUCUAUGUAAAAAUUUAUAUUGGAAUUCAAUAAUUCUUGUACUUUUAGUAUAUUUAGCGGCCAACUGGUAGGCUUCCCGCCAAUUAAUUGCCUCCACAUCAUUUUCGUUGCAGUCUUUUAGCCAUUUCUGUUGAUUAUGGGAUGGUAACUUGCAUUUUGUAGAAAGCAACUUGGUGUAUACAAGUUUGCUCGCACUUUGGCAAAAAAUUUUAAAACAGUUUUGCUCUAUUAACAAAUUUCCCUAGUCUCUUGGCACCUCAUUCAAUCAAGGUUCCACUGUAGAACUCUUUCUUCCAUUUUUCCAUUUGCUCAUCUCCCUUAUACCUUGUUUGCCCCCCUCCCCCCCAUAAUUUGCAAAACCUAUAUACAGUCAUCACAAAAGAAUUUAGAGACAAUGUUUAUGCAAAGUUUUGGGGGGCAACCAAGGUACAUUAUGGGAGAUGUGAAAGUGGCAAAUUAAUAACCUUUGAUAUGAAAGCAACUUCCUCUUUGUAGCUGCAAAGAUGACAUCCAACGACUCUCUUAAUUUGUUAUCAUGGCAUUAAUUUAUUAUUAUUCCACAGGCAUCAUCAAGGUAUUUUCCUCUUGUCAUAAUCUUCAAACAGUAUAUCUCCGCCGUUGUGUUAAUGUGACAGAUGAUGCAGUUGCUGCCCUCACUCAGCAUUGCAGUCAUUUGGAACAUCUUAAUUUAUGUGGUUGCAUCAAUAUAACAGAUGCUUCACUUCAGCUGAUUGCCCUCAACUGUGGCUCUCUACAAAGUCUAAACAUCUCUAAAACGAAGGUCAGUAAAAAAUAUCCCUUUGUACAUUUGAUUUUAUAGCGUUGAAUAUGAAUUUUUGAGUAUCUUCAAGACAAUAUGUAUUAUGUUCCUGACUAUGCAAGCUUGGAAGGUGAAGUAAAUUCCUUUGUUCUGUUUUGCACUUGCCUGCUAGACUACGAGCAGUCUUUCUUUUUCUUAGUCCAUUGAGUGAAACACGUGAGACAUGAAAAUGACCACAUGAUUGUGUGACUGAAGGUGUGAGACAGGAGAGGCACUAGAGAGGUGCAGGGGAGGGAGUGGCUGCCGUCCCCGGGGGGAUUACUCCCAUACAUUACCUAUACGGGUAUGUGCUGCCCAACGGGGUCAUGAUUUUGAAGCUCUUGAUUUAGAAUGGGGUAUCCAUUUCAGAGGCGUUUUCUAGAACGGGGUAUAAAAACUUGUGGAUCACGGCUUUAUCUUCUGCUUAAAAUUGUUGUUGAUUAUGAAGAAGCAUUUAUUUGAUGUAUAAGUCAAACAAAUAAAGAAAUAUCUUUUUAAAAAAACAGGGCUAUUUCAAUUUACAAACUUUCUAGAACGUAAUAUAAAAAAUUGGCCCAUUUCUAGAACGGGGUAUCAAUUUUAGGGGAAUUUUUUUUUAGAACGGGGUGCCAAUUUGGAGUCCCGGGGGGCACAUACCCACCCAAAAAAAAAACCAAGUGCCCCCGGGCUGCCGCCCUUGUUUCUUGCAUCUCGCAGCUUUGCCGCUUGAAGCUCAUGCACAAGUGUACUCCCCUCACUAAAUCUGAAGAAAAAGAGACUCCUUGCAGUGUACUUGCCUGCUUGCAGAUCUGCUUUGUUCCAGCAAGAAAAAACUUUCAUUUGGCUAUCUAAUAAUUCCUCUGUUGGCAAGCUUCUUUGGUAAAGAUGUUCAAAUAUUGGGCAAUAUCCAGCUACCAUGUUGGCCACAAAAACUUGGAAUUUAGCCCAAUAAAGGUGAUGAUAGAUGUUCAAAUUUCGGAGGGAGAGAAGUGAUGACCGGAAAUGCGUCUGCUGUUCACAGGCUACCAGUCACCAUGUUGGCCAAAACAUCUUGGAAUUUGGCCCAAUGACUGUGAUGAUGGCAUUUUAAUUUUUGGCUAGUAGGUGCUAGCCAAAUUUAGUUUUUGACAACCAGAGCAACCAAAAAUUUGUCAAAUAGAGGGCCUCCUGUUUUUAGCUGUACAAUAAUGUGCACAGGGCACUGCGUACAAUUUUUUUUAACACAUAGCAUCUGCUUUGUUUUGUUAUUGUGCAGGUAUCUGAUGAUGGCAUAAUGAGCCUUGCAACAGGGAAAUGUCACUGCUCCAUUAAAGUAAGCAAUACUUGAUUGAAAACCAUACUCUCAAUUUUUUGUUUUUUGUUUUCGCCACAUUAUUAUGACGCAUUAACAACUUAAAGAAAUUCGUCAGAAUAGGGCAAGAAAGCCCAAAGAAACCAUGAGGCUUAUAUAAUGUGGGCAUUCCGUACUAAAUUACAAAAGAUACACUUAAUAUUAAUUUAACUGAACGGUGAAGGCAUAAUAACAAUAAUACGACGGAAUAAGGCGUGAAAUAAAGAGAUAAAGAGAUAAAGAGACAAAAGACAAAGCUCAUCAUGUGUUGUGAUAUACUGGGCCUUGUCAGGAUUUUUCAGUGGGGAGUGGCGGGGGGGUAGAGCUAUGCCAGCAGUGGUAUCAAGAAAAAGAUACCUUGGAGCAAUCAAUUCACAACCAAGUGUUUUGAAGCUAGUUUUUUCUCUGUUUUGUAGAAGUUUUUGCAAGAAUAUGUUCAGUAUUGAAACUGUGGAUGAUUACUUCAUUUAAUGAUCAUUCAAACUUGUUUUCAAGGAGUCUCAUACUUUUAUUUCUCAUUUGUUGUGGCUUAGGCCUCUAUUCAAAAGCUUCUCUCAACUCCCCUCUCAAUAAGGUACCCUUGGGAAGGCGACACCUGACCUUAGACUCGUACAGUGUAAGUUAUUGGUUUGAUUAAGAAAGCUGACUCAUUCUCUUCAAGAUUUUAUCAGGUGCCCACAUGUACCACUUGCGAGUCGUGUGAAGAUCAUCGGGAAUAGUAGGUAUAGGUAUCUUGCGGCUUCUAAUCGUCUGGCUGUAUCUGCCCUAGGAAGUUCAAGUUUCACACUGCAUUCACAUAACUGAUGUCAGUAUAGAAUCGCUGCUUGCUCGCUGCCCUCGAAUAAGAAUUCUCAUUUUUGACGGCUGCCCGCUGGUCACAGACAGAUCCCGGCAGGCUAUUGAAGAAGCUGGGCACCUAAAACAGUUAUCAUGGACAGUGUACUAAAAUAACUCUGAUCAGCCGUGAGAAAGAGUCAUUUCCUUGGACGGUUGGCGAAAAAUAUUGCUAUGACCGAGUUUACCAUUUACAGUUCCUAAUUGUAAGCAGUCGUCCUGGUUGUCUUGGUGGAGAUUUUAUCUGGAGCUGCUGAAAGUAGUAUCUAAUAACCAGGAGUGUAUUUAGAAUGACAAAGCUCUCACACUAGUUCACACUUUGGAUUUGCUUCUGAUAGCCUCAGAAAACGUUACUGUGAGAUUGUAAUGUUGGUAGCUAAUGGCGAAUUCUGGAAACAUUUCGUUAGUAUUGAAAAUGUUUUCUCCUUGUUUUUAAUACAUGUAGUUGGAUAAUGCCAAAACCUUCAGAACCUCUGGCAGCAAAGACAUCAAGACGGUAUAAACUAUUUAUCAGCGACAUUAGUGUUUCCUAUUAGUUUUUAUUGGCCUUUACUCUAGGUUAUACAUUUAUACAUCAAUUGCGGUACAGCUCUCUUGAAGGUUACGCUAAACCUCUUCCCUGCAGGGUGGUCAUCUCCAGAUGCAGACACUGUUUCUGCUUCCCGAGAGUGGCCGCUUAAGGGAGUUCCGCCUGUGAAUUUGCCUUCGUUCUUACUUUACGUACCUUUCGCAAUACUGUAAGUAAUUAUAGUCAUGCAAAUGUUGUUGUUGAAACUUACCUAUUCAAGGCAUUUGCAAGGAAAUUGUUCCGGAG